UCACGCCAGAACCAACUGUCAUAAAUAAAAAGAUUAAAGGAGUCGUCAUACCAAGGAUAGAAAUCCCAAAUGUUCCAGGAAAUAUUUUCGUAUUUGGUUCAAAUGAAAUUGCACAGCUAGGUUUCGAUCCUGAAAUUGUUGACACUAUCAAAAAACCGAGGCUAUUGGAACCUCUAGUAAACAAAAACAUAGUUGCGAUAUCUGUAUCAAGUUUACAUAACGUUGCUAUAGAUGAUCAAGGAAGAGUAUACAGUUGGGGCUGCAAUGAUGAAGGUGCUUUGGGAAGAAAUACCGACAAAAUAGAUGAAUUUAUUCCUGCUCAAGUUGAGGGGGUAGAUGAUGUUAGAAUUGUUAAGGCUGCUUGUGGUGAUAAUAUAACAUUUUUAUUAUCUGAUGAAGGCGAUGAAAAUGGACGACUCGGAUUUUCGCGAGAACAAUUACUUCAUAAACAAAUAAUAUUCACUAAAUAUAAGCCUGUCCAACGUAUCAAGUUCAGUGAUGUUGCUUGUGGUGAAAACCAUACAUUAGCUAUUACAAAAAAGCAUGAGCUGUAUGUCUGGGGGUGGAAUGGAAUGUUUCAACUGGGAAGAAAAUUUAAUCCUCGCCUAAAUGAAAAGGGAUCAGGGUUGGCACCAGAACGCAUUAUGAGAAACAUUAAAAAAAUUUUUUGUGGUAGUUGGAAUUCGUUUGUUAUUGAUACAAGUAAUAAAUUAUAUGUAUGGGGACUUAACAACUAUGGCCAAUGUGGAUUUGAUCCUAGCCAGAAAGAAUCAAUAAUACUUCCUACGCGACUUGAUCUUGAUUAUGAUAGUACAAUUAAAGAAAUUGCUGCCGGACAACACCACACAAUUGUAUUGUUUGAAGAUGGUAGAAUGUUUUCUUUUGGAAGAUGUGAUGAUGGUCAAUUAGGCAUUGGUGAUAAUAUAAUGCAGAAUCAAAGAUUUUACACUUUCAGUGAAGUGGGAAGAGAUCCAUUAUCAAAUAAAGACAAUGUUACCACCACUACUAAAGGUGUUGAUGAUGAAAUUUCGAAUUAUAGAAAAGUAAGGGCAUGGAACAAUAGCAAUAUUGCUAUUGCUCAUGAUGAAUCAAUAUGGUCAUGGGGUGCUGGUGAAUCCUAUAACCUUGGACAUGGACAAGAAAGAAAUGAACCAUUACCACGUAAAAUAACUUCAAUUGAUUUACACAAUUACCAAAUAGUUGAUGUUGGAGUUGGUUCACAACAUGGUGCAAUAUUAGCCCAUGAAAAGGAUAAUCAAGAAUAA